AUGCUUAAUCAACGAGCGAUACCUCAACCAUUGUCAUGGAAUUUAACAAUCGAUUCUACCACUUUGCUUGUCAAUGGUUCCAUGACAGUCGGAUCGGUGAUGGUUCAAUUGGUCAAUCGUCUCGACGUUUCUCAAGAUUUUUCUGAUUAUGCACUCUGGUGGGCUAAAGCAAAUAUCUGGUUGACAAAUACGAAGUCAACUUUGGAUCAAUAUGGCGUGCAGUCCGAUGCUUUACUUCAUUUUACUAGCAUGCAUAAACUAAUUCGGUUACAAUUACCUGAUCUACGUGUUCUAUCAGUACAAGGAGAUUUUUCCGUAUCAGUUUUUGCUGCUGUUUGUAAACUUUGUAAAGACCUUGGAAUUCGUCAUGCUGAAGAACUUUCUUUGUUGCGUUCGUCUCGAUUGCCUAGUACUAAUGCAUUGCAUGAACGUCGAACAUCACCACGUCGUCGACGAAAUAACAAUGGCACACUCAAUCGACAUAACUCCAUGGGAGAUUCAUUAGCAAAUAACACAUCGACGAUAUCAACUUUAUUUUCUCCAACGACACCAAAACUUCGAUCCACAGAUUCAACUAUACGCCAGCAUCGCUCGAUAUCUAACCUUUCGAAAUCAUUAAACAAUCUGGAUCUGAACACUGACGGAAAUCUCGCUCAGACGCCCAUGACACCAAUCAAGAAUGUCCUUCCACAAUUGACCAAGCCGAACAAUAUUAUUGAAAAAUCAAUACUGAACAAUCUCUGGUACGACUCGUCUAGAUCGUUGAUGGAACAAAAUACACACGAAAAUGAUUUAAUCUUAUUACGUUUUAAAUAUUUUACAUUUUACGACUUGAAUCCCAAAUUAGAUGCUGUCAGAUUAAAUCAAUUGUAUGAACAAGCAAAGUGGUCGAUUCUAAGCGAAGAUAUCGAUUGUACAGAAGAAGAAAUCAUGGCUUUUGCUGCUUUACAACUUCAAAUUCAAAUUCAAUCUUUCCAUUCAUCAUCAACUUCGUCGACAUAUCUUUCUCCGACCGAGGAUGUCGGUCAUGAAUAUGAUAAUGGAAAUGAUUACGAUGUUGAUCGAGCACUUGAACGUCUACAAGAUUCUCUCUUGGGAUCCAAAGCAACGGCAAAUCAAUCGACGAGCUCAUUAAUCCAACAGUUUUCUACAACAGAAGAAUUGUGCGAUUACCUACGUCUGUCGAAACAACGUCGAUUUCCGUUGAAAACGUUCAAACGUUAUUGGUUCGUGAUGCGAGACACUCAAUUAACGUACUACAACAAUGAAUGUCAACAACGUAGUGCCCCGAUUGAGAAAAUUUCCUUAAAAGGUUGUGAAAUCUUUCCGGAUGUGAACAUUUCUUCGAAGAAAUACGUCAUUCGUUUAUUAAUCCCAUCCAUCGACGGAAUGAAUGAAGCAUUAAUUCGUUGUUCCACGGAAGAACAAUAUGCUAAAUGGAUGGCUGCCUUUCGUCUUGCAUCUAAAGGUCGGUCAAUCAAUGAACCAUCGUAUGAAACAGAACGUGAAUCAAUCUUAGCGUUGCUCCAUAUGCAGCGACCAUCGCCCGUGCCAAAUCAGACGAAAAGCAAAUUCGACAUACAACCAGAGAAUUUCGUCUCGAAUAAAUUCGUCAAGAAAUAUAAAACCAAGCAGUUAACGGAACGGAUUCUUGAAGCUCAUGCAACUGUGAGCAAUCUUGAUGGUGUCGAAGCCAAACUACGGUACUUGAAAGUAUGGCAAGCUCUUCCCGAGUUCGGUAUAACCACAUUUGUUGUGAAAUUUAAAGAAUCAAACAAGAAAGAAGAAUUAUUUGGUGUAGCUGCCAAUCGUCUUUUACGCAUGUCCAUGACGGGCGAUAUCGUGAAAACAUGGUGGAUAUCACGCAUGCGUUCAUGGAAUGUCAAUUGGGAGAAUAAAUUAGUGACCAUAGAGUUCGAUGGCGAAACAAUUCAAUUUCUACCAUUAUAUGGUAUCGAUAGUAAAUGCAUUCAUGAAUACAUAGGUGCAUAUAUUUUCUUAUCCAUGCGCGCAACAGCAACAAUGUCUGAUAACAAUGAUCCACUUCGUCAAGAAACUCUUUUUCAACGACUUACAGCUGCUUAUACAAUAUGUGAAAGACUGGAAUACAAUAUUGAAUUGUUCAAUUUACUUACUACAUAA